AUGUUGCACAAAAUCAUCGUCAAUCAAUACAACCUAUGGGUCGUCAUCUUCGUGGCCAUAGGCACGAUAUCCACCGCCUAUGGCCUUGCCAUCAUUGGGUCGACCGUCGGGCAACCCAACUUCUACUCGUACUUUAAUCUAGCCGUGGCAGGAGAGCCCGGCUAUGCCCAUACCACCAACAUGAUCGGUGCCUUGAACGGGGUCAACUCCGCCGGUGCAAUCGUAGGCUGCAUUUCCCAGGCUUGGUCUGCCGACAAGUAUGGCCGCAAACGAACCAUGCAAAUCGGGUCGGUCAUUCUCAUUGUGGGAGGCGCUCUCUGUGCUGGAGCGGUCGACAUGGCAAUGUUCCUCGUCGGCCGAUUCAUUGCCGGAAUGGGUUCUGGCAUCCUUGCAUGUGUUGUUCCGAUCUACCAAGCAGAAGUAUCAACACCGGAGACCCGAGGAGCUAUGGUCUGCGUCACUGGCAUCAUGUACGCGGUCGGCUACAUGCUGGCUGGCUGGCUCGGGUAUGCCUGUUUCCACAUGUCGGCCACGGAUCCAGCCGCGCAGUUUGCCUGGCGAUUCCCCUUGGCAUUCCAAGUCGUCUUCCCUCUUAUCUUGCUCGCCGGAAGCAAGAUUGUCCCCUUCAGCCCACGUUGGCUUCUCUCCAAAGGACGCCGCCAAGAGGCUCUCGACGUGGUCAAACGACUCCAUGCAACGCCGGGCGACACGGAGCACGUCGUUGCUCGACGCGAGUUCUGGCUCAUGGAGAAGCAGUACGAAAUGGAUGCAAGCAUGUCCCGGGGCCGCCACGGACAAUUCGCCGAGCUCUUCUCUACCCCCGCUAACAGAAAACGUACUUUGAUGGCCUGCAUUUUGAUGUGGGGAGACCAGUUCUUAGGUAUUUUUGUAAUGACGAACUACGGAGUUUUGAUCUACGCAAGCCUGGGGCUAAGCGGCGACAUUCCCCUCCUGCUCAAUGCCUGUUGGACCACUUUUACACUAAUCGGCAACACCUGGACGGCAUUGUACAUCGACCGUUUCGGCCGCCGGCGCUUCAUGCUCAUCGGGUCCAUCGGUUGCGUGGUAUCUGUGAUAUUCCUCUGCGCCCUCACGGCCUCAUUCCUCAACACGGACAACGAGGCCGGUCUCCGCGCGGGCGUCUUCUUCAUCUGGUUCUACAUCGUCUGGUGGUGUUUCUUCAUCGACGCCACUCAGUACGUCUAUGUGUCUGAGAUCUUCCCCAACCAUUUGAGACCAGCGGGAGUGGCAAUGGGUCUGUCGGCCUUCUACCUGGCCAGCGAGGUCACGCUUGUUGCCGCGCCUGUGGCAUUGAACGAAAUCGGCUGGAAGUUCUACUUGGUGUUGAUCAUUCCGAGCGUCGUGUACAUCGUGAUAAUGUACUUCCUCUUCCCCGAGACGAAAGGCCGGACCCUCGAAGAGAUAGGCCACGUCUUCGGCGACGACAUGCACGUCGCGCACAACUGGUACGAGGCGUCCGAGGAAGAGAAGGCGGCAAUCGAACAGCAAGCCCUCGAAGAGACCAAGGGCGGCCGCGUGCAGGAGAAGACCACGGCCGCUAACGACCUCGGGACAGUCAGUCAAGUCGAGGACUCGUAUGCCGACAAAGGUACCACGAAUGUCAAUGAGAAUGCUGGCAGGGAGUGA